GCUGCGGUGGCCGCCUCAGCUGCGGCCGCCGGGAGGGAGGGAGGCAGGCGGCGGAAGAUGGCGGCGGCCGCGGCAGCGGCGCUGCGGGCCUGGUUCUGGAAUGAGCGGUUCUGGCUGCCGCACAACGUGACGUGGGCGGACCUGGCCGGGGAGCCGGGCCCGCCGGGCAGCGGGCUGCAGUACCCGCGGGCGGGCCACGUCCUCUCCGCCUUCCCGCUGGCGCUCGGCAUCUUCGCUGUGCGGCUGCUCUUCGAGAGGUUUAUUGCCAAGCCAUGUGCCAUAAACCUUGGCAUUCAAGACAGUGGACCUCACAGAGCCCAGCCCAAUGCAAUUUUAGAGAAAGUGUUUACAUCCAUCACUAAGUCUCCAGAUGGAAGGAGGUUAGAAGGCCUGUCAAAGCAGCUGGACUGGGAUGUUCGGAAGAUCCAGCGCUGGUUUCGUCACCGGAGGAACCAGGACAAGCCCACCACCCUCACUAAAUUUUUAACUUUCUUCAUAUUAAUUCUUCCCCCAGUAUGGUUUUGUCUACUUAAAGCCACAAGGUGGAGAUUUACAUUUUAUUUAUGUAUAUUUUUUUAUGGAAUCAGAUUUCUCUGGACGGCACCCUGGUUUUGGGACACACGACAGUGCUGGUACAACUACCCUUUUCAGCCUCUAACAUCCAGGCUUUAUUAUUACUAUAUCUUGGAGCUGGCCUUCUAUUGGUCUCUCAUGUUUUCUCAGUUUACAGACAUUAAACGGAAGGACUUCCUGAUCAUGUUUGUCCAUCAUUUGGCCACAAUUGGACUUAUUACCUUCUCUUAUAUGAAUAAUAUGGUGCGGGUUGGAACUCUGGUGCUGUGUCUCCAUGAUGCAUCAGAUUUCCUUUUAGAGGCUGCAAAGCUAGCCAAUUAUGCCAAGUACCAACGUCUGUGUGAUGCUUUCUUCAUGCUCUUUGGUGUCGUAUUCAUUGUUACACGGUUGGGCAUUUAUCCUUUCUGGAUUUUGAAUACAACCCUAUUUGAAAGCUGGGAGUUGAUUGGUCCAUACCCUUCGUGGUGGCUUUUCAAUGGGCUCUUGGUGACUUUGCAGAUCCUGCAUAUCAUCUGGUCUUAUCUCAUCAUUCGCACUGCCUACAAGGCCCUCAUGCGGGGAAAGGUAUCCAAAGAUGACCGCAGUGAUGUGGAGAGCAGCUCUGAAGAGGAGGAGGUGACUUCCAACAGCACAAAAGGAGUUUUCAGCACUUCAAGUAACGGCUCCAACUGCAUUAAUGGCCAUGUGGCUGGUGGGCAGUGGACAGAAGACGAGUAAGGCUGUGGGUUGGCCUAGAGCAAACACGAACUUGUCUUUAAAUAUCUAGAUGUGUUGAGCUCCACAUUCCCAAGUGAUCUUUAAUCAAGAUACCCCUUCCCCAGAAACCUCCAGCAAAUCUGAAAUGGGCACAAUCCAGACCAGUCAGAGGCUUUGCACAACCAAAGGGAUAAAGCCAAUGACUUAGGGCAAAAACGAAGCUGCAGAUUUCACUUCAAGCCAUUUUGUACUUAAAUCUUAGACCCAUCGAUAUCGGCAGAGAGGUGUCUUUGUGGCAAACUGGUUUUUACUAGGAUCAACUCAAGCUGGAAGGAGUUUGGACUCGGCUGGCUGCUGGCCACAGGAGGGCUCUGCUGCCAUUCCAGUGAUGGUUUGCUCCAGCACAGGCUCUGCAUUAUCUCCCCGAUGCACUCCAGAAGCCACUUCAGAGCACGGAGAAUGUGGGGUCCUGUGGUUCCAUGUCCAAGCUACCCCGGCUGUGGCUUGGGUACAUUCAUUCUUAGCCCUGCUGUGAGCACUCUGGACUCCAGCCCAGCUUUGAACUGGACCAGGCUACACCAGAAACGUUCUAACUUGCCAUCAGGGUGCUCUAUGUGAAGGUUGUCACUUAGCUCCCUGCUGUCAUGAGGGACCAGGCCAGCGUUUGCUGCCUACUUCGGUGCUGCAAGCCCCUCUGAAGUCUUGACUACAGCCUUCUGAGCUGGGGAGGGGGGUUGUUCAUUGCCUCUGAGACAGCUAUCACAAUAAUGCCUUUUAAAUUCAUGUCUUUUCUGUUGCAACUGGUGGUUUUGAAGACUUCCCUAGACCUACUGGACACGGUUGGCUAAGCUGGGACUUGAGGUUGGACCAGUACUGGUGGGCUGUAUUUCCCCAAAAUAAGGUGGUUUGGACCUGCUUGGCUGUACUCUUGAGACAGGAGUCAGUGUUGCUGCUCUGGUUUUGCAGCUGUUAAUGGAGGAAUCCCUGGGCUGGAGAGGCAGCCCCACCACAGGCUUUGCUUUUUGGUCUCUUUUUUUUACUUAAUGGUACUUGGGGGCAAUGGAAGACCUGUGUCAAUCAUGAGCAGAAGUUUGGAAACUUCUGGAGUUGUUACCGUUUUAUACCAUUGUUUACUCUUAUCUCUGAUUAAAAGAUGCUUCAGAAA